UUGAUAGCCUUCUAAAGAGAAAACAUACAUACAAGACCGCGUAAUCUCAAAUUGUUCGAUCUCCAAAACAGGAAUUGAACUUAAUCAAUCCAUUUGCAGAGCUUUAAUUAUUAUAUGCUCUCUUGCUAUCAAUGUCUUCGUCUUCAAAUUCCCAACCUUCAUCUUCAGAACCUGCUAAAUGGAGCUACGAUGUGUUCUUCAGUUCACAGACCGACUGUUUCAUCACUAAUUCCCUCGAAUCCUCUCUUAGAGAUGCUGAAAUCAAUGCAUUCAUCGACCCCGAUCAUGAAGAAGAGAUCAAUCCUGCACUAUUGCGAGCCAUCGAGGGAUCUAGAAUCUCGAUCGUAUUGUUAACGAAGGAGUACGGAGACUCCAGGAAGUGUUUAGUGAGACUGGAGAAAAUCAUGGAGUGCCACAGAAGAAAGGGUCAAGUGGUAAUGCCAAUUUAUUAUGAUGUGAAUCUGUGGGAAGUACGAAAGCAGAAUGGUGAAUUUGGAGAAGCGUUCGAAGGACUACUGAAGGGGAUGUGCGUGAGCAAAGAGAAGGAGAUGAGAUGGAGAAGAGAGUUAUCUCAAAUUGCGUUGUUUCCUGGUUGGGACGUCUCAACUUGUACUACCAGAAAUUGGAAUUACAUGACUUGUACAGCAUAGCCUUGUGAGGGUUGACAAGAAUAACAAGCUUGGCAUGCAUAGUUUAUUAUGUGACAUGGGAAGAGAGAUCAUUUGUGAGAUAUCACCGGAGCCUAAGAAGCAUAGCAGAUUAUGGUUUCAUGAUGAUGUACUCCAUGUCUUGAAAAAUAAUACUGUGAGAUCUUUUCUUAAUGAAUUGAAUGCACUAAUUCAAGUGAUUGUAUUUGUAUUAA